AUGAGCACUUUGCCGUUAUCGACAUCUCUACUUCCUCCUCUUCAGACCUUUUCCGCUCAUGGCCAUGGUCUCAGCCGGAAUCUCUGCUUCUAUCGGAAAAAACAAUCGUAUCUUCGUGUUCGAGCCGCUAAACUUCCAGAGGGGGUGAUAUUGCCAAAAGUACAACCAAAAUCUCAACCUGCGUUUCUGGGAUUUACACAAACAGCUGAGAUAUGGAACUCCAGAGCUUGCAUGAUUGGUCUCAUCGGCACUUUCAUCGUCGAACUGAUUCUGAACAAGGGAAUACUUGAGAUGAUCGGUGUAGAGAUUGGGAAAGGGCUUGAUCUUCCUCUAUAA